AUGGAUAGCGACGAGACUUUUGGUGGUGAACAGGAUAGGGAGGAAGGAGGUCUCACCACGCCUUUGAGAGGAAGGGGAAGUCUCAGUAAGAACACUUUCAAUUUAUGGCAAAAAACAGCAAGAACGCUGCCUGCCUUGAGGUCUCCAGCACCAGUCGCCACUGCGGAGAGCAUGAUCCGGCUGUUCCAGUCUCUCACGCUUGUCUUCUGCCUUGCUCCAGGGAACAUAGUUUCACAGAACGGCUCAACCACUUUAAUGGUGGAUGGGAUUCUGGAGGAGUCAGUAACUCUUCCCCUGAAGAUUCCUGCAAGAGAGGAGAUCAACUCCAUCACCUGGCUUCACAACGGAACGUCUAUCAUCUUCAUACAGCCAAAUGAAGAACGAAUCAUGGUGACUGCUCCAAAACGGAAAGAUAGACUGAAGGUCAUGCAGUUCUCCUCCUUGCAGCUCAGCAACCUGACGAUGGCAGACGCAGGAUCUUACUGCGCCCAGAUAGUCACGAAUACCUCCUCAGUGUUUUCCAGUUACACCCUGAGGAUCUUCACACGACUGAGGAACUUACAAGUUGCCAGUCACACUCAACUGUCAGGGAAUGGGACUUGUGAGAUCCACCUGACCUGCACUGUGGAGAAUCCGAAUGACAACGUCUUAUUCAAGUGGCGGAUCUCAGGAAACACAUCUCUAAAUGAAACAAACCUCACUACCUCCUGGGACCCCAAGAAUUCCAGUGAACAGAACUACACCUGCAUAGCUGAGAAUCUUGUCAGCAAUUUAUCGUUUUCUGUCUCUGCUCAGAGUCUAUGCGAAGGUUUUUUUAGUGCGAAAAAUCAACCUCUGGAUACCAAAUGGAUUAUACUUGUAAUUUUGAUUCCUUUGGCAUGCAUAGUCAUCCCUGUGUACUUAUUUGUUCGGAAGAAAAAAACAGGUUUCUUUAAUUCCUCUACUCAGCAAGCCCAGAGUGCUGCAGAGACCAGGACGAAUUUAGAGUACGAUUCAGUCUCUCCAGGGAACACUGUGUAUGCUCAGGUCACCACUCAUCCAACCAGGAAAACGAAAAUCUCAACACCUACAGAAAACAAAGAGUCCUCCACAAUUUACUCCACAAUUCAACAGCCAGAAGAGGUAAGCUCAUAAUUUCCCCCGUUCUUAACAUUCUUACCUCUCUCCUCAGACCUAUAA